CCUCUUUGACUGCUUUCACUUCAAUCCGUUGUCCUCUUUUACGGCAUAAUGAAAAAUUUUCAAAAGUUUUCUCGCCCAGAAAAAAAUAUUCAAAAUUUGGUCACAAAUACUUGCACUUUACUCACAAAAACGCAAACUUUUUCUUCCUUUUCUCUGUUUCUGUGUAUAUUUUUUUUUGGGGGUCAAAUUCUCUGUUUCUGUGUUUAAUAGUUCAUGUUCAUGUGAAUGAAUUUUGUUCUUGUGGAAGAGCUCCUCUUUCCACAAUUUUUUUUUAAUUUUUUUUCCUUUUUAGGGUUGAGCUUCUUGAAGCGUUAAACAAUCCCAGAAAAAACCGCUUUGAUUUUGUGCUUUCUGGUUAGUGAUCAGAGUUCUUCAAGACGAUGAAGAGAGGGAAGUUAGAGCUGCCGGUGUUGCCCAAUAGGUUCAGGCUGCUUCAAAUUCUGAUGGGCGUAAUCUUGCUUUACUUUCUCUUCAUGAGCUUCGAAAUCCCUCUUGGUCUUCGAACAGGGUUUUCGUCACUUUCUUCUUCCGACGCUGCUUCUGGGUUUCUCAAUGACGCAUUGCCUAGGCCUUUGUUACUCGACACCGACGAGGAACAACAACUUACGAAUAGUAUCACAGAAAUUCGACCCUCCGACGAAGCAUUUCGGGUUUUUCGAGGAUCAAGGCACCGAAAACCCGAGCGUCAAAUGCACGAGUUGAAGAAAAUUUCCGGUUUAGUCUUCAACGACACUUCAUCCGACGCUAAUGCCGCCGAUAAAGAUGGGUUUUCUGUACUUCAGAAGGAAGCGAUCCAUGCUUGGAUAGUGGGAAAGAAGCUCUGGGAAGAUGUAGAAAGUGGAAAAAUAGAGAAUGAGACGAAGUCGAGGCCUGAGAAUCAUUUGGACUCAUGCCCACACUCGAUUUCAAUAUCGGGGUCGGAAUUUCGGGAGCAGAAAGGCGUCAUGGUGCUGCCAUGUGGCUUGACUCUGUGGUCGCACCUUACGGUGGUUGGGACACCGCUCUGGGCUCAUGCAGAGCAUGAUCCCAAGAUAUCGAUUGUGAAGGAAGGGGAUGACUCAGUGAUGGUGUCGCAGUUCAUGAUGGAAUUGCAGGGUUUGAAGACUGUGGAUAACGAGGAGCCACCUAGGAUUCUGCAUUUCAAUCCGAGGUUGAAAGGUGAUUGGAGUGGGAAACCAGUGAUCGAGCAGAACACAUGCUACAGGAUGCAGUGGGGUACUGCCCUCAGGUGUGAUGGUUGGAAAUCUCGGGUCGACGAGGAAACUGUUGAUGGUCGAGUAAAGUGUGAGAAGUGGAUUCGUGAUGACGACAACCACUCUGAAGAGUCGAAGGUGACAUGGUGGUUAAGUAGACUGAUAGGGAGAAAGAAGAAGGUGGCUGUAGAUUGGCCCUAUCCUUUUGCUGAGGGAAAGUUGUUUGUUAUCACCUUAAGUGCUGGCCUGGAAGGCUACCAUGUCAAUGUGGAUGGGAGGCAUGUGACAUCUUUUCCUUAUCGAACAGGCUUUACACUUGAGGAUGCUACUGGACUAUCUAUAAAUGGGGAUGUUGAUGUGCAUGCUGUUUAUGCUGCUUCCUUACCAACAUCACAUCCAAGUUUUGCUCCUCAGAUGCAUCUUGAAAUGCUUCCUCAAUGGAAAGCUCCGCCUCUCCUUCAUUUGAAUGUGGAGGUUUUCAUUGGAAUCCUUUCUGCUGGCAACCAUUUUGCAGAACGAAUGGCAGUGAGGAAGUCUUGGAUGCAACAUAAGUUAAUCAAGUCUUCACAUGUUGUGGCUCGAUUCUUUGUUGCCUUGCAUGGAAGAAAGGAUAUAAAUGUUGAGAUAAAGAAAGAAGCAGAGUAUUUUGGUGAUAUCAUUAUAGUCCCGUACAUGGAUCAUUAUGACCUUGUUGUGUUGAAGACUAUAGCUAUCUGUGAAUAUGGGACUCGUUCAAUUGCUGCAGAGUAUAUUAUGAAGUGUGAUGAUGAUACAUUUGUCAGGGUGGAUUCAAUCAUUGGGGAAGCAAGAAAAGUUCCAAGAGAUAGAAGUCUUUACAUUGGAAAUAUGAAUUAUCACCAUAGACCUCUUCGCCACGGUAAAUGGGCAGUGACAUAUGAGGAAUGGCUGGAAGAAGAGUAUCCUCCCUAUGCUAACGGCCCGGGUUACAUAAUGUCCUCUGACAUUGCCGAGUUCAUUGUAUCUGAGUUCGAGAAGCACAGAUUAAACUUGUUCAAGAUGGAGGAUGUGAGCAUGGGAAUGUGGGUAGAGCAGUUCAACGCCUCAAGACCUGUAGAAUACGUGCACAGCUUCAAGUUCUGCCAGUUCGGUUGCAUCGACGAUUACUACACGGCGCAUUACCAGUCUCCACGUCAGAUGACGUGUAUGUGGGCCAAGUUGCAGCUUCAAGGAAAACCCCUCUGCUGCAGCAUGAGAUGACAUAACCAGAAUAACACACAAACUAGGAGAGACACAAAUGAUGCUUACUUUAGGGGAAGGAGGCAAGUUUUGUGGUCAUAUUUUGUAUCUCUGUAGAUAUAAUGCUCUUUGGUGGGGGAUUCUUUUUAACAUAUUCGUUCAUUGUUUAGCCUCAUUUUAUAGCUCCAUUUGAAAUCCCCCAAUAUAUAUA